GAGUCAAGAACCAUAUUCUCAGUUGUAUUCGUUAUGUGUCUUCUUCGGUAGUACGAGCGUGCGGCGUUCACCAUGGAUAUUCAGACAGAGAAAUCGUUCCAGAAGCAGCCCACAGUAUUUCUUAAUGCUAAGCCCAGGUGGAUCAAGGGCCAGCUUAAGAAGAAGGCACCCAAACGCUAUGUGCGCAAUGUCGGACUUGGCUUCAAAACUCCUCGUGAGGCGAUGGAAGGCUCGUAUAUUGAUAAAAAAUGCCCCUUCACUGGAAAUGUGAGCAUCAGAGGACGCAUCUUAACCGGCGUCAUCAUAAAGAUGAAGAUGACACGCACGGUCGUCAUCAGGCGCGACUACCUCCACUUCGUUAAGAAAUACAACAGGUUCGAGAAGAGGCAUCGCAACAUGUCCGUUCAUCUCUCCCCUGCCUUCCGAGACGUAGUGGUCGGAGACAUCGUGACGGUGGGAGAGUGCCGGCCGCUGUCCAAAACAGUGCGCUUCAACGUCCUGAAAGUGAGCAAGGCUCCUGGUGCCAAGAAGCAGUUCAACAAGUUCUAAAUAAACUGCUGUCAGGA